UACCUAGAAAUUACUGAUUAUAAUAUGUGGAGUUUUGCAGGAACCCUGAAGUAUUUAGCAGAGAAUGUCAACUAUACAAGUGCAAAUCUACCAGAAAUCAAAGAAGCAUUUUGUCAGCAUAUGCAAAAUCAAUCUACAAGCAGUGCUUUCUACAAAUCAGUACAAAGAAAGGCACAGAAGCUUUGCAGUAAUAUAACAUCAACACUGGAACGACCAGAAAUUAAAAAAAUUCUUAAAGAUCAAGAUAUAAAAUAUGCUUGGGAAAUAUAUGACAAAAGUGUUGAAUUAAGUGUUAUUACUGACAAGUCAACAAAAAUAGAAAUGUGCAGUAAGAGUUACAAGGCAUUUUUGAGAAGUGGUUUAAACGAAGACAAGGAGAACAUUAACGACGAUAACACAAAAGAAGAUAGUGAUAAUGUAGUUAUCCAUGAAACACCCACCUCACCCAAUUCAAGACUUGAAAAGGAUUCAGGAUAUACCAUAAAGCAUGGACAUGAUGAUUUGGAUGUGACCUCGGCUUCAGAUGCAGCAAAUAAGAGAUCUUGCAUUGAAGCAAAAAAUCUUCUUGAUGAAUCUAAAAAUUGCUCAGAAGAAAUGCUUAAUUUACUAAGAAAUUUUCAAAU